AUUUAACUCUUUCCAUAACUGGAGUUUAUGGAACUCCAGUGAAAAAUAUCAAGUAGAUGCGACGUCACUGACGGAACUCCACGGAAGUACGGAACUCAGUAUACUAAGCCGAAUAACAUAACCUCGAGCAUUUUUGCAGUGAAUCGGUGUAAUUAUACGUGUUAUGUCAUUUGGACAAUUUCAAGAUAUAAUUCCAAGAUGUCGAAUUUAAAGGAAUUGCCUGAGAUCCAGGUCUUCAAAACAGUAUUAUUUCAUUGUGUAAUAAUAAUAGCUUUACCUGUACUGUCAUUUUUCACCAGCAAGAUCUUUAUUUUCGAUGGUUUAUUGGGGCUAAAUAAUGUGCCAAGCAAUGUAUAUUCAGCCGGAGUCGCGAUUCUUGUGCUGCACGUGGCUCUCGGAGCUUUCAUAUUCCGUGCAUACUUCGACGAUCAAUCGAAGACACAAGCGAAACGAGAUUAACCCUUCCUUAGUGUUUUACACAUAUAUGUAAUUAAGUACACCUUUUUGAUAACACAUUUAUUCGCGUAUUCUCAUCGAAAGAAAGAUGUUACAUUAUAUUGCAUUACAUUCUGCAAUUCACAUACUUCUCAUCAAUAUUUAGGUAAUAUUCCCUUUUUAUUGAAUACUGUGAAAUAUGUAGAUGGCGAAUAUACCUGUACUGUAUCAGUUAAUGCAAAACACAAAUGCUAAAUAAAAAAAGCAAAGACAUUCCCACACAAAACUUGCAUAUUGUACAGCACAAACUUUG